ACAGCAACAAAACAGCUUUGUUUUGAAUCCAAAAAGCCGAGGGGCGACAAUUCUAAAUGUUGUGCACUCGUUCUUUAAAUAAGAAUUAAUUUUAUGACCAUGAUACUUGCGUGCGCUGCAUUUUAAAAUACGUUGUCUCGAUGUCCGUGUUUUAAUCGAACGCCAUCAAACAGCAGCAGACGUAAAGCCGCAAAUCUUGACAGAGACGUGUCAGCAUGGAGUUUCCAGAUGAUUUUAACCAGUUAGAGCUUAUAAAUACACACAGCCACCUGAUUCCACGAGGGGCUAAUAGCCACUGGACUGGGAGUAAAGACGAGGGAGAAACAGAGGAUGAAGAAGUCCAUAGUGAGGAGUGGUAUCUACAAAAAGAAGAAAGUUUCAAAGACAAACCAGCAGAACUCAUUCUCUGGGCUGCAGAAAACAAUCGCGUGUCUACAGUCCACAGAUUGUUAUCGGCAGAGGUCUCGUUGGUGCACAGCAGCGAUGAUGAUGCUUACACUCCCCUGCACCGGGCGGCCUAUAGCAACCACACGGCCGUGGCCGCUUCCUUGCUGGUUGCGGGCUCUAAGGUGAACUCUCGCACCAUUGACGGUUGGACGCCUCUCCACAGCGCGUGCCGCUGGGGCCACGUCGCCAUGGCGACCUUGCUCCUGCAUCACGGCGCCGACGUCAACGCGCAGACCAACGGAGGUCUCACGCCUCUGCACUUAGCGGCCUCGCACAGCAGUUCGGCCAAAAGCGACUGGCGCCACACUUUGGAGCUCCUCCUCUCUCAGCGCCACCUGAAGGCAGGGCUUCGCAGUUACAGCGGGGAGAGCGCCAGUGAGCUGGCUCGACGUAGCGGCCCCUAUCACUUCCUCUUUGAGAUGGUAGAAGACUGCGCUAGUAUACUUCCUAGCCUGUGAAUGUUUUCUUCAAGACCUCGGAGGUAACCCUUGGACAAAUUCUUGUUAAGUGUUUUUUAAAAUGUCUUUAAUAAUGUCAAACUGCAUAAUCUGCUGUGGUCAAUGUGCUGAAGACUCAACUUUCACAUUGAAUGUUUGUUGAAGUAAAACUGGCAAAUUCAGUUUGUGUUUUGUGUAACAUUGGAAAUGAACUGUGCUUUGAAUUAAUUGUUAUUAUGAUAUCUCUCCUGACAUUUUCCGAGGCAUGUUUUAAACUCAUAAGUAAGAAUACUGUGAAAAGCAUUGCUCUGUCUCCUAGCAACCUGAGCACAUCAGACGUGCAGGGGAAUUGUGUUAACAAUGAAGUUAAACUGCAAGUCAAUAUACCUAAUUAAAGCCGAUAUCUACAUAUUCUGAACACUUGAGCCAGCCCAUUGACUAAAAAUAAAAACAGUAAAACUACAAGUGUUAAAAAUACAAUAAAUGUUACCUACUCUGUUUUUCGAACUGUAAGACCUCAGACUGGUCUUUUGUGUGCUCCUGAUAAUCAAAUAUCUGUCUGUGUAAUUACAAUUCGCUCUAUAAUAAAUAUGCACAGAAGCAACCAAAGAACGGGGAAGAGUAACUACCGUAAUUUUCGGACUAUAAGUCGCGGUUUUUUUCAUAGUUUGGGUGGGGGGGCGACUUGUACUCAGGAGCGACAUAUACAUAUAUAUGUUUUUUUUUUUCACUUUUCUGGGCAUUUUAUGGCUGGUGCGACUUAUACUCCGAAAAUUACGGUAGUUGUUUUUGCCCCCCGGCUUUUACAUCAGAAAUUCAGAUGAAGGAGUCAGUCUGCAGGUAGUUGACCUCGUUUAUGUCGUGUUUUAUGGCUUCUUAAUGUUCAGACACAUCAUUGAAUGCUUUUGAUUAACAUGUAAUGGAAAAUGAUCAGAACCGACUACUGCUUGUGUUGAGGAUAACGUUUGAAUUUAGUGUCGUAAUGUCACCGCAAUGCUGCUCUUACAAAAGUAGUACAUCCGAUGGUCACGAGUCUUCCUAUCUCCCAACUGAUCACAAAACCUUGGGCAUUGCACUCCUUGAGCUGCUUUAUGCAGCAUCCUCCAUCUGUGGAAUAAAAUAAGAUAAAAAAAUUUAA